AUGGGUAGGCCGAUUCCGCGGAACCUCCAGGCUGCCCACGACAAGAAGUGGAUCCCCAAGAGCAUCGGCAAAGGCACACACCACCGCGAAAAGAAUCGAGCGCUGCUCGACGCCGGCUGGACCAUCCUGCACAGUGGCAGCAAGAGCGACUGCCGCGUGGGCUACUACGCGCCAAAUGGUGUCGGCUUCGACUCACUUUCCAAGGCGUGGACCGCACACGAGGCUGGCAAGACGGACGAGGGCAGCAUCCGCGAGUACGUUUCGGAGGCGGGCAUGAGGCUCGUCCGGACGGAGCUCAACGGGCACCUCUUCGAGAAGAAGGGGGUCAAGGAGAGGCCGUCACAGGCGGGCUUGGCGGCCGUCCGCACGCCGCUCAACGCGGCCGCGAUCGAUGCGGGCGAGCUCAAGGAGCGGGCGUCGACCGCGGGCAAGCGGCCGUCAGAGGCGGGCAAGUGCAAUCCCGCAAACCAGCGCAGGUCGUGGGCGGCGGCCGCCGCGCGAGGCACCGGCGAGACGCAGGACGGCCUCUCGCCGCAGGAGCGAGAGGACAUGGCGCAGCAGGUUGCGGGCGAGGUCAACGCCGUCGCGAUCGCCGCGCUCGAUCACAGCGGGAGCACCUCCGUCUACGUCGCCGUCGGCAGCUACCGCCGCAUGGUGACCAACCUGCAGGAGGCCAAAAAAAAGGGGUGGAAGUGCCUCGGCGCAUGUGAGGUCCUCGCCUCCCUGCUCCGCUCCACCCCGGUCGCCUUCGUCCUCGAUGAGCACGGCCACGCGCAGCGCUUCUGCACCGCAAGCCUGCGGAAGCACCUGAAGGCGGGCAACAUCGAGGUCUUCGUGAGCGAGGAGUGCAUGCAUGCCGCGUCGACCGCCAAGCGGUCGGAGGUGCUCUCCCACACGGAGCUGAUGCAGCAGUACCCGCACCCGCGCACCCUCAUGUCGGGCAUCUCCAAGGGCGGGCCGCAGCAGGGCCAGGCCUGCGGCCACGCGCUCGGCGUGCUGAUGAUGCACUGCAUGGGCGAGCACUUCGUCGCGCCGCAGGUCGACACGUACGUCCUCGAGAUCCAAGCCAGCCCGGCCUACCGCGAGCGGAAGGACGAGCUGGGCAGCACCUGGCAGGAGCACGCGCAGCAGCAGGCGUCGUCGUCGUCCGCGCCGCUCGUGCUGCCGCCGUGGUCGCGCGCCUUCACCUGCAAGCUCGAGAACCCUCAGCGGAAGGGGCACUGGCACAACAAGUACUGGACCGCCUCCUUCGAGCCGGAGAACGCGGUGCUCGUUUUCACGUGGGGCCCGCGCGGCGAGUCGCACACGAACGUCCUCCGCCUCCAGUUUGGCGGGCAGCACGCCGCGCUCGCGAGCGAGCUCGGCACCCGGCGGUGCACGAGCAAGCUGGCGGGCAGCCGGAGCCGCAAGACAGGCAAGCUCACCAAGGCGCCGUACACCGAGCUCGCGCCCGGCGAGGUGCUCGGCAGCGGCGGCGGCGGCGGCGGCGGCGGCGGCGGCGGCGGCAAACGCUCCUCGCGCAAGCGCUCCGCGCCGUCGCCAGCCGGCGCCGACGAGCCCGUCGCCAUAGACGCCUCGGAGCCCGCGGCGCGGCCGCAGCGCAGGGCGGCCGUCGAGUCGUUGGUGCGGCUCAAGCAGAUGAUGUACGCUGAGCGCGACGUCCCGUUCGAGGAGGACAGCGACGACGAGGACAGCGACCACGAGGAGGACGGCGACAUGGACUGA